CGACCAUCUCUGAUGGAAAUCGUUCCACUACGUCAGGUCGUCCGGUCCGCUCGGUGAAGAUGUCUGCGACGGGUUCAGGCGGGCCAGGACCCGGACCGGGACCCGCCACGGGUUCGGGGUCCGGGGCCUCCAACCCCCGAAAGUUCAGCGAGAAGAUCGCGCUGCACACCCAGCGGCAGGCCGAGGAGACGGCGGCCUUCCAGGAGGUCAUGAUGGACAUCACCUCCACCAGGCUGCAGGCCCAGAAGCUGCGCCUGGCCCGGAACCAGGGACCGUACUACGGCGGUUCCUUACCCAACGUCAACCAGAUCGGCAGGAACCCGCAGGACUUCCAGGGCUCGUUCCAGUCCAGCCUGGAGUCCAACCGCUCAACCCGACAUCACGGCCUGGUGGAGCGGGUCCAGAGGGACCGCCGCUUUGUGUCGCCCGUCCGACCGUACCGGAACCGCCAAGUGGACAACUCUCUGUACAACUCAGCCUACCUGUCCCCGCCUCCUGAUGCCAGCUGGAGAAGGAAUUGGUCUGGAAACUUCCCCGGAGAUAAAAGCCAGUUGUUCCGUCUUCCCACCACCGCGCUCAACAGAACCAACUCGGACUCGGCGCUCCACACCAGCGUGAUGAACCCCCCCAUGGGCGACCCCUUCUCCAUGGGCGGACCCCCCCAGGGCAGCCGGCGCAGCGGUCCGACUGACGGAGAGAACCGCAGAAUGUUCCCGUAUCCGGUUCCGCCCAUUGAAGAGAACGUCCUGGAUGAAGACAAGCUGCUCAAAGCCUGGGACGCCAAGAAGCUGCCGCUGUCGUCGUCUCGACCGAAGUCCUGCGAGGUUCCGGGCAUCAACAUCUUCACGUCGCCGGAGCAGCCGUCCACGCCGGUCCAGGGCGCCCCGCAGGUUCCCAGCAGCACCGGGGGCUCGCUGCCCGACCUGUCCAGCCUCCACUUCCCCUCGCCGCUCCCCACGCCGCUGGACCAGGACGAGCCCAGCUACCCCGGCGCCUCCGCCCUGAGCGGGGGCAGCAGCACCGGGAACCUGGCCUCCACCCUCACCCAGCUGGGCAUCAACGCCGCGGGGGGGAACGCCGGCUACCGCCACCCGUCUCCAGGGCUCCUGGCGUCUCUACAGAGCACGCUCAGUAACCCCAACCUGCAGUCGUCACUGAGCAACCCCAACAUCAGCAGCCACUCCUUCUCCAACUCCCUGAGCUCCGCCUCCCUCCACUCGUCGCUCAGCAACCCGUCGCUGCAGUCGUCGCUCGGCUCCUCCCCCUCCCUACCGUCCUCGCUCAGCAGCCAAUCGCUGCACUCGUCCCUCAGUAACUCCUCCCUCCAGUCGGGCGGCAACCCCAGCUACAGCGGCGGAGGGGGCGUGGCGGGCUCAGGCUCCUCCCCUUACUCGGCCAUGCUCUCGGGUCAGGGCCAGCAGGCGCUCAGCACCUCCCCCCGGAGACGGGCCCAGCUGUCCCCGCUCAUCCUGCCCAUGGUGGGCGAGUCCAGGAGGCAUCACUCCAAGCAGUUCUCCCCCACCAUCUCCCCGACCCUGUCCUCCAUCUCACAGGGCGUCCCCCUGGACACCAGCAAGCUGCCUCUGGACCAGCGCCUGCCUCCGUACCCGCUCAGCCAGUCCCACCAGCACCAGUCGCCCCCCGGGCAGCAGCCCCACUCUCUGGGUCAGCACCACGGUCAGCACCAGCAGCACCACGGUCAGCACCACGGUCAGCACCAGCAGCAGCAGCACCGCCUCCAGCAGUCGCGAACAAACGCCCAACAGCAGCAGCUCCACCUGCAGAACCUGCGGAACCAGCACCUGCAGCAGCACUUUGGAUCGCCUCAGAGGCAGCUGAACAUGGCCGUGAAGUCGGAGAGCGCUUUGGACCCGUGCGUCCAGACGUCUUCCCUGGGCCCGGUCCAAUCGGACCUGGAGCAGCAGGUGGAGCAGCAGAGGAGUGGAGGUCUCCCCCAGCAGCAGCAGCAGAUCAACCUGAACACAGACUUCUACAACGAUGCCUUGUUUAGCUCCCUGCUGGACGACCCCUACCUGAGUCUGCAGCUGUCAGGAAAGGCCAGCCAGCAGUUCACAGCUGAGAACCCGGCGGACGGCCUGUCCCUGAACCACAGCGGGCCGAGCCAGAACCGGUUCCCCUCCAACAGCCAGGGGCCCCUGGAGAUGCAGGAGUCCGGGGACCAGCAGCAGCUCAACAACCAGAACCAGAACUACAGCGGAGGAGACGGCCGACAGAACGUCCCCAACAUCAUCCUCACAGGAGACUCCCCCACAGGUCUGUCCAAGGAGAUCGCCAGCGCUCUGUCCCACGUCCCCGGCUUCGAGAUGGACCCGUUCUCGCUGGACGAGCAGCUGCGGAUGGACCCGCUGUCUCUGGACAUGCUGGAGGGCGAGCUGAUGCUGGCCGACCCGGCCGUGGAGGACUCCUUCCGCUCCGAUCGCCUCAAGUGAGCCGGCCGUCCAGCGCCGAGCAGGACCUUCAUCCGUCAGCAACUUUCACUGGAGGGCCCAGGUCAGCUGACGGCGAUGGACCCGCCCCCCCGCCUGAGGCGCCUCACGCUCUCGCUUCUGAUUGGCCGUCAGCGCGUCUGAUGCAGGAGAGACGGCGGCUUCAUGUAAAAACCGAACCAGCAGCGCUUUGAGGAGCUUCCUAUGCACGCCGCCACCGCGCACACAACCUAGAACCCGGCGCCGCCCGGAGCCC